AUGUUUCUAAUUAAGGACAACCGAAUCAGGGACAAGGAUCAGGGUCUAAUCAAGGAGGGAGUUCUCGUCAACGAGGCACACAACGCCAAGGACGAGGAUCUGGAGGUUUUUAUUGAAAAUCUUAGAAACAAAUUUUAA